GGUCGGUUUGACUGAGGCGCUAAGUUCGUAGUAGCGAGUUAGUUUACAUUAGACAACACGGGUUUAGACAUUUUCUAUAUUUAGUAGGCAAGUUCUAUAUUCUAUCCUUCAUUUAAAUAAUAAGCGCUUUUUAUUAAAAAUCAAUGAAGCUGCACUUUCAGAAAAAUUAAAGAUGUUGUUUCGGCUAAAUGUAAUCACACUGUUUGAAUUCGAGCCUUGCUGAAUAUUCAGCGAAAUAAUUUCAGACGAAGAAUUUUACUGCAUUUAUAUACUCUUUAACUAUUCACUAAGUCCUUUAAAUGUAUACAAAAGCCAACAAGUUGGGUUUUUGUCCAAGAUUGUUGAAAUAUAAUUUACAAUUAAAACUUUUUUCAAUGAUAAAAAAAGAACCAUGAUUUGGCUUCUCCUUAAUCGAAAUAUAUUAAACAUGUAGUUUAUUAGAAUAUAUUUGAUGUAUCGUCAACAUUUGAAGAAAAGAAUUUCGUCUAGUAGUUAUAUUUAGAUUUUGUUAUUGGUGAAAUAUAUACAGACUAUAAUCUUUUAAGUAAACUAGAAAUGGCGAGUUGAAUCUUAAUUUUUUCAAUAUAACCGAAGUCAGAAGCGUCGUUUCUUUAUAUAGAGACACUUCAUAAGACACAUAAUCAAGAAAAUGUUUAUUUCCGAAGCAGAAAUUGAAUUUCUCAUCGGUGCCGUAGAGAAUAUAGGGUUAUUGAUGUUUGUACUUUCCGAACUCUUCGGAGAUAACCGAGCCGCUUCAUAAUAAAGUGCUUCUUAAAACUAACUGUUCUGAAAAGAAGUAAAUGGAUCCUAUUUUACUCCACAUAACAUAUAAUGACUAUUUUAAGCAUUUCGAUGUCAUUACAUUUCCUUUUUUUUUAAAUCAAGAAGACUGAAUGCUGUUUCUUUUGAAUUCGUCUAAAGUCAGCUUUACAUUUUGAAAUAUAUAUAUAUAUUUAAAAAAAGUAAUUUAGUUUUUAAGAUUGGCAAUACGUUGCUUGCAACUGCGGAUUCUGAACAAUUACAUGCAUUUUGUUUCGAAGUUAGAUUUUGAAAUGAAGUCACAAAAUUAAUUUGGCAAAGUAGGUGACUUGCAACAACGAAAUUGCCUAAUUUUUUUUUAUACAUCUAUCAAUUAUUUAGAUUAGUUUGAUGCCUAGACUAAACGUAUGGGUUGAAUUCCCAUAUGAAGAUACGGAUAUUUAUAGGGAAAAAAAUGUCCUAAAAGUUGAACUAAAGCUAAGUGGUCCUGACGUUCUACACGAGAGUACAUCUCGAAUAUCGUAUUUACAGCUUCAUAUAUAUUUUUAUCAUUUUUUUGAAUCUAUGCAUAUCAAUACAUGUUAGGACAAGUCCAUUCUAUUUAUGUAUAAAUCUUUCAAUUUGCGGAAAGUGUUUAGAAUGCGGAAGAGCUUAAUACCUAUUGGAUGAGAUUAUAUAGAUACUUUUUAUCUCAAAUGUGACUCUCUAUUUGAACAUUCAAAGUCAUUGCAAAGUGUUUUGUGAAAAUGAUUUUUAUAAACGUUCAAUGGAUAAUAAUAAUAAUAAAAAGAACCGAAUGAAGGAUUUGUGCGACAUUCGGAAUAAACAUUCUGUUCUUGCUCUAGUCUUCCUAAUAGGAAAUACGUCCUAAACAAGGGCAGAAAUAAAAGUGAAUUCGAGUUCAGAAAAAAUACAAGAGAAAAAGAUCAAAAGGGGAACAAAUGAUGCGAAUAGGUCAGAUAAAUGAUGUACCUCCUAGAAAUAAUCAACGCUGGUUGAUUAACCAUUAACCAGGUUCCGAGAAUGUGUAGCUGGCUGCCCUGUUUACUUGCAGUUCUCGCUCUCUCGAUGCCUUUCUCUUCAGUGGCCCAACAACCCGACGAUAUUCCAAGGUUUGAAUCUGAAACCGAUAAAGAAAUAUUGGAUGCCAUCUUAGAUCGCAAACGAUACGAUUUCAGAAUGAGACCUAACAAUAAGACUGAAGUGAAUGUGACCGUCCUCAUCUUAUCACUCUCAUCACCUGAUGAAUCCAGUCUUAAAUACGAAGUGGAGUUCCUCCUCCACCAGAGCUGGGAUGACCCCCGGCUAAAAUACGAGGACAGCGGGAAGUACAGAUACCUGAAUGCCAUAUCACAUUAUCAAGUGCUGUGGACGCCUGACAUCUAUUUCAUCAAACAUGGAGAAUUUAAAGCUCCUCUCGCACAAGUGCACAUGGCUUUAAAGAUCUUCAACAACGGCUCCGUCCGAUACAUUACUAGGCGCAGUAUGAUUUUAAAUUGUCAAGGAAAUUUGCAAAUAUUUCCUUUUGACAACCCCAAGUGUCCUUUUGCUAUUGAGAGUGUGUCCCAUGAGAUAUCAGAAUUGGAACUCCGAUGGGAGAAACAACCUGGGGGUGUAAGUGGGGCCACCUCCCUCAGAUACCACAACGCCUAUCUUGUCAAGAAUGAGACCGGAAUAUGCGAUAGCCAUGACACCUGGAGAGGGGAGUACAGUUGCCUCCGAGUCCUCCUGGUCUUCACGCGAGACAAAAUCUUUUACUUCAGCACAGUUUUUGCACCAGGUGUGGUCCUGGUGACCAGUUCCUUCAUCAGCUUCUGGCUGGACAUCAACGCCGUUCCUGCUCGCGUCAUGAUCGGCGUGACCACCAUGCUGAACUUCUGUACGACCACCAACAGCUUCCGUUCUACUUUGCCCGUCGUGUCUAACCUGACGGCGAUGAACUUGUGGGACGGUGUGUGCAUGUUCUUCAUCUAUGCAUCCAUGCUAGAGUUCAUUAUUGUCAACUAUCUGUACAGAAAAUAUCCGAAAAGACCAUCCAUCGGUGCCAGUGGAGCCUCUUCCAGUUUGGGUAGAUGGUGCGGAACAUUUGAGCAAUCCAGUGCCCUAAAGGACAACAACAGUAAUGAUCCAAGAGGAGGCGCUCAAGUGCCCAGAGAUGGUGAUGGUGCGGGCCACAGAUCUUUAUUCGGAUGGCUAAAGAGACAACCCAUCUACCCUCAUAGCAGGCAGAGGUUGUCCAAGGUCAUCGACAACGUCUCGAAGAUCCUCUUUCCACUGUCGUUUGGACUCUUCGUUCUCGGAUACUUCCUCACAUACGCAAUCAUAAAACCCACGCACUCAGAAAACUGGGAACUGUUGAGCAAUGGAUACACGUACUGAAUUGAUGUGUUUGCAACUCUUCCAGUGACUGUAGUUUAAAAAGACACUUCGCGUUUGUCUUUUGCUGGUAUCGAAUGCUCUUGACACCAAGUACCCAAAGUCACUUUAUUUAAAUCACUUUCUAUUCAAAAUGGUGGAUAGUUUUGGGCUACGUAGACAAAAGCAAAAAACAACGUGAAUAGCGUACAUACAAAGUACAGAAAUGGAAAUACUGUAGUUUCGAUUCUAUGAACAAAAAUCUUCCUCUCCAAAAGUGGGUGUUGUGGAGAACAAAAAUUACAGUAUACCCAUUUUUGUGGUUUAGUCACGUUAUUAUUUGCUUCAGUCACUUUCUAUUUAUAAGACUUACGACAAGCCACAUAACAAGAGCUGUUCUUGUUGUUUCAUUUCAACUGAAAUCCAAAUGCUGAAUUACAGAUGCAUUGUUAGGUGCAUAUGGGGGCCAAGAAGUUGGAAGAAUCCUAUUACGAGCUUUCUCAACUUACUGUAAGAAGGGUGUAUGAGUGUCGAAAGAAAACACCAUAUGAUGAUAAGUGCGUUACUAUGGGCCUCAUCCCAUUGUGGCCACUUACGAAUUGCCACACUUACCUGAUGUUUAAUCUUCUGCUUACGGCUGGUACAACAUGUGGACAUCAUGUAAUGGUACUUUUGGUACAUCGUAACUUGGAGCACUGUAAGCAAAUGGUUAAUUUAAUUUUUUGCUUACGGUGCUUAGUAUGAUGAAGCCAUUCUGGUACACUUAUUGUACGAGUCAUAAGCAAAAGGUUAAUUCAAAUUUUUGUGAUAGAAAAUAUUUUAUCGGUAUAAUUAAGGAAUUUAUCCAGUUUUUCUCUGCUUCAUACGGCAAUUGAGACUUAGGUGUAGCUUUUUAUCUUUCAAUUAAAGUAAUAAGAAAUCAAAUAAUGCAUAGUGUAGCACGGUCGCGUAUUUAUUUAUUUAUUUUUAAUUCGUUGCUACUUCUUUUUCUUUUAUCAAAAAAAAAAUAUAUAUAUAUUGUAAAUUGAAAGACUUAGAUUCAGAAAUAGCAAUUCUAUUUUUGAAUUAUUUUGAGGAAACACUUGUUUAGACUUAAAUAUUCAUUCAAUUUGUUGUAAUAAAAACUAAAUUUUAAAAAAAAAUAAUAAUUAAAAAUUUACAGUAACUUUAUAGUUUGUGUAAUCUAAGAACUUCGCCAGCCACAAAGGCUGAGGCCGUCUGGUGCUAUGGAAACAAGAAUGGCGCAUUUUAGGAAGGGUAGCUACACUCUAGGACUAACACAAUAGACCGAAGAGAUUCCCUUUCUUUCGACGACCCAAGCCGAAACCACUCUAAAACAGUGACUCCACACUCCUACUUGAAAUGGUCAUACCUCGUUACCAUGGUCACCGCCACAGCUCCAGACGAAUGUCUGGCGGAGUUCUUAUUUUAGACAAACUAUAGCUACUCCUGAGUUCUUAAUAGAAAAGAAAUAUUUUUAAGAAAGGUUAGCAAAUUUAUUAAAGAAUCCUGUGUUGUUUCAUUCUCCAAUGUUUUAUCGUUUUGUUCAUAUGCAAUUUCAAAACCAAAACACUUAAACUAGGAAGUAGCUCUGGGUUCAUUUUUCUCUUUUAAAAUGACGAUAAAACAUUGCCGAGACAUAAGACUGAAAAUCGUCUUAUCAGUCCAUUUUUACACUGUAACAUUUUUAAUGGAAAACAUAUGCUUUCUCGAUACAUGUAAUACUUUUCGGUAAAGUGGAACUUAUUUGAAAAAUGCCCGAUGAGUAGCAUUGUCUCCCCCAAUGAAGAACCCUCAUUUUAUGAAAGAGAACACACUUUGCUAUGCGAAGUAAAUUACAUAUCAUAUACCUAUUACAUA